AUGCGCCCGGCGCUUCUGCGACUGUUGAAGAGGCCGUCCGCCGUCUCGAUCCUUGAUACCCUCACAGCUACAUCGGUCGGAAUCGAGCAAUUCGAAUUCAGGUACAGGUGCUUACGAUGCCAUUCACAAGGUGCAAAGCCAGCCCAACUCGACGAACGCGAUAGCGAUCACACCCGGACUCAACUUGAAGACUCGUGCCGAGGGAAACGGCCAUUCAGCUUUGCGAUUUACGACAUUGAAUUACCGAAUCAAGCCACAUCUGAAUCUGUAUCUGUCGCAUCGAUCCAAUCACCUAAUAAUUCACCCCAUACCAAGAAUCUAUCGCUUCGAUCGGAAAAGCUUGAAUUCGAAUCAGACGUCGGACACCUCGACGGCAUUGGAACGCGAUUUGUGGACCACCCGGAAUCUCGGCUUGAUUUUGAUUUAUGGGAGGAACUUCUUCGAUACCGCCAGCGUCACUACGGUGACAAUGGUACAUUACAAAUAUGGGAAGGAUUGACAGUCCGCUUGGACGGGGUUGAACUGCCAACUACUGGAGAACAGGCGGACUUCUUCUGGCAGAGCUUCGUGGAACUAGGACUGAGACGAGAGCUGUAUCUUGACAGUUUGAUUGAUUAUGCUGUCAAUUUAUGGAAGCGCGAAGGCGCUCGAUGGCCGCAGCUAUAUGUGCAAAUCGUGGGUGGACUUCUGGACCAGGGCAAGCCAAAGCGUGCUCUUGAAUGCCACAAACAGCUGCAAAAAUCUCAAAUUGCUAGCGCCAGUGACAUCAUACAGAUUCUUCCGUCGGCAAUUCGUCUAUCAUGUCUUCCAGCUGGUAUGGAGGUUGCAACUACGGAUCGACAAGAACCCUUCUUGACACCUGGAUUAGAAGCGUUUCAGGCGAUAUGCUCUGCUACACCCGACCACAAAAUAUAUGGUCCGGCGAUUUCCAUGCUUAUACAGCAAGGCCAAGGAGAAAGCGCCAUUUCCAUGCAUCAUUUUCUCGCUAGGCGCCAGGAUCAUCCGCAAAAUCCAGAUGAAAUUCAGCCACUUCUUGAAUUUGUGGAGAAAUUCGGUAAACGGAAAGAGUUCAACAGGCUCCGUGGUUACGCCAAGAAGAGGUUUGAUACAGAAGCUUCGAUCGAUCAACCCGGCCCGAUAGAUACAACCCCGAAAGCCGAUGAAAAAGGCACAAGCAAUGGAAAGCCAUUCAAAGACGACCUAGGCGCGAAGAUGUUUGCCACCCGUGCUCUCAAUUUCGACAUGGUUCUCGGUGGACUCAAGAUGCUCGGGGUAUCAGAAAUUGGCCCACGCACGCUGCGUGAAAUGGCCAUCAGAGCCCACGGCAACCAGGAUAUUCUGGAGAAGCUGAAAGCUAUCAAAAAAGCUGGGUUUACCGUAGGAGACUCCAUAUUUACGCGUUUGCUCCACAAACUCGCAGCGCAAAACCGCGACAUUCUUCUUUCAGACAUCCUUCGGAGUGACCAACACCCCGAUGUUCUCGAAGACGUCCGUAUGCAGGAGACAAUGUUAGCGUCUUACUACAUGGCUCGGGAUUGGCGACUAUAUAAUAUGACAUUGGCAAUCUUGACAGAACUGCACCCUGAGGCGCCUGAUCUCUUCGACAUCCACUUUCGAAAGCACAUCGCAGCUUGGGAGCUACGUGCGGCAGUCAAGGUCACCGACGAGCUAGCACUGAAUGGUCGGACUUUGAGUGAAGAUAGCGUGGACUUUAUGGCUGAGCAGGUUCUCACCCCACGCCGAAUGAAUCACCGUCCGCCUCCGGGCCAGCGCCUCUCUGCCGUUGAAGAGGUUCUUUUCAUCUUUAAGAUUCUUAAGCGUGUGGUCCCCGCAGGAGGUUAUGUCAGUGCUGCAUUUUGGGUGGAGAUGCUAAAGCGACUCGGCAUGGCAAAUGCAUGGGCAGACUGGGAUAAACUUCGUGAAUGCUGCCAGUGGCUUGUCUGCCAAUAUGCUGGGACUGCCAAAGAGACUCCCUGGGCAACAGUCACUUCCACCGCAUCUCCGCUUAACCCUACAAAACAAGCCAAUGCUCACGAUCGACGGAUGCUGGAUCUGGUCUUCACGCCCCAAAUGCAAGCUGCUAUUGUUUCCUGGGGAUUCACAUUCCGAGUGCUAGACACGACAGAAUCACGAUUCACCAUCACCCAUCCUAAGACGAGUAAAGAACUCAUUCCAUGGGUUCGAGGCCUUAUCCUUCUCCGAGAAUUGGAAGCAUCAGGCCUUCGUCUUGAUAAACGCUUGAUCUCACAAGCGGUCCAACACCGAAUGGCGAUGCUCUACAGCCGUCCCGUCCUUUCAGCGCGGCGCAUGAACCGUAUGCUACGGCGGCGAAAUCCUUAUUCACCACAGAAAGUUUUGGACGACGUACUUCAUGCCUGGGGGGACCCAACUCUUUUCGAUGGCAUGGAGAAAGAUUGGGAGCGACUCGUCAAUCCGCCACGGUCAACUCGAGCCAAGCGACGUGCUCCUGGUAUACGACUGUCCCUGAAAGGACUCUGA